CACCUUUCGACGACGUGAAGCUGGGAGCAAAUGCAUAGGUAGCAAUCCCUUGCGCCAUACGAUACUUCAUCUAUUUGCCAUAUCAAAAACUCACAGUCCGGUCGGGACACGCCAAUCACCCCUCUCGACCUCGGACGCUUUCUUCUCACAUAAACAAUGCACUCCAGGGCAGUUUGCUCUGUCCUGCGGGGCACCAAUGGCCUCCAAGCUAGAGCCGCCUCUACAUCCACAUCAAUAGCAUGGCCAGGCGUCAUUCCCACGAGCCGUGCCUUUUCGACGACUCCGAGCCGAUGGUCCCCAGACGAGCAGGGUGGAGACAAGCCCAGCGAUCCCCGGGGCCGCUCCAAAGCCGCCGCAGACUCCCUCAGUAACCUCGCCGGACCCUCGAGCGCCAACGGGUCGGCCCCGGGCGCACCGUCCACGCCCUCCUUCAGCGCCGUCAAGACCAGCGAGAAGAUCGCCAACGUCCGCACCGUCCCCCGCCCCGACGCAGGCCCAGCGGGAGCAGGAGGUCCCAAGCCCGUGCAUAUUGUCAAAGCCCCGAGUUUUUUGGGUAGGGGGCGUGGCCGCGGCGGGUUUGCUCGUUUGGGAGAGGGACGUUUUCCUGGUCCUCAAGGCGGACGCUUUCCCGGAACUGGAGUGACGUCCCCGUUGACCAGCCGCGGCGGCAGGGGGCGCGGUGGUGGUUUUGGCAGCCCGACUGAUCGGGCUGCCUCGCCAGGUGGAUUUGGAGGUGGCCGUGGCGGUCGUGGAGGUCGUGGAGGUCGCGGUGCUCGUGGUCGUGGCCGGGGCGGAAACCGCGGUGGCGAAAACAAGGACAAGUCUAAACUCCUGGUCAAUGGGCUCAAACCGGAAGAAGUGGAGCUGUCCAAGGAGUUGGAAGCCAAAUAUGAUGGCCUGAACGCAGGUACUCCUGGAAUCUAUACGCCUGUGACCAGCGCCGAGUCUUUGAAGGGAUGGCGUCCAGCUGUGCCAACAUCGACCGGUUCGGCUGGCAUGGUGGAGGGCGCUAUACGAGCCAUGCGAGUGUUGGGAGGAGGCCAAGCGUUCAACACGGAGAGCGGCCCCAAUCACCCGCGCGACACGGAACAUCGUUACCACUCGGAGAAGCCUAUCUUUUUCUCGGACCCCAAGGAGCGCGACUACCUCAUUCAAGAGACUCCCCUCAGAUCCAUCCGGGGUCCUGGGGAGGAGACCAAGGAGGCCAUUAUGAGCGCUGUUGUCAGGGGCGAGUAUGAGGGUCCCAAGUUCGCCGACAUGACGCAGGUUAUGCCAACACUUGCCAUGUUCCACAGGCAGAACUCUACAUACAAGGCCUCGGACGCUCAGAGAUUUGCCGACAAGGUGGCUUCUUUACUGCCUGGAGCCCCAAGGCCUGCGCCCAGCAAGCAGCCAAAAGCUAAAGCGUGAGAAGGUUCAUGGUCCUUGACAAAACCAAAAAGGCUCUACAAUUUUGUCAGAGGCUUUAAAAUGUAUACAAUGUCAUAGAGAAGCUGUAUUUGUAACAAUUACACAUGUUUUCCGUCCUGAGUUCUUUUGGGCACCGAUCAAGUACCAUAAUUAGGAUAAAAGUUUUCCGGAUAUCGUACACCUUUUACAAUCGCACACAGCCUCAAAAGUCUAGCGUGUUGGAUCUCGCCUUCUUUAGUG